UCCAUGCGGCUUUUUCUUCUCUCUCAUGCCCUUGCUCAGAUGAUGGUGGUGACUCCCGGCGUGAUCUUGCUGCAGGCUUGGACUCCAAGGAGUACUGCUUGUCGGACCGGGACAUUGUGGAGGUGGUGAGGACAGAAUAUGUUUAUACCCGCCCACCCCCGUGGUCAGACAUCCUUCCCACCAUCCACGUCAUUACACCCACCUACAGCCGGCCCGUCCAGAAGGCAGAGCUGACGCGCCUGGCCAACACCCUCCUGCACGUGCCAAACCUGCACUGGAUCCUGGUGGAGGACUCGCAGCGACGCACGCCUCUCAUCACCCGGCUGCUGCGGGACACGGGGCUCAACUACACCCACCUCAACGUGGAGACACCCCGCAACUACAAGCUGCGGGGAGACAUGAGGGAUCCCCGCAUUCCCCGGGGGACCAUGCAGAGGAACCUUGCCCUGAGAUGGCUGAGAGAGACCUUUAACAAAAAUAACAGCCAGCCUGGGAUUGUUUACUUUGCCGACGAUGAUAACACCUACAGCCUGGAGCUCUUUGAGGAGAUGCGAAGCACCAGAAAGGUGUCGGUGUGGCCAGUAGCCUUCGUCGGUGGCUUGCGCUACGAGUCACCCAAAGUGAACGCCGCGGGGAAGGUCUAUGGCUGGAAAACUGUGUUCGACCCCCAUCGCCCCUUCGCUAUAGACAUGGCAGGGUUUGCUGUGAACCUCAGGCUGAUUCUCCAGCGAUCUCAGGCUUACUUCAAACUGCGAGGAGUGAAGGGAGGCUACCAAGAGAGCAGCCUGCUCCGGGAACUAGUGACCUUGAAUGACCUUGAGCCGAAAGCUGCCAAUUGCACUAAGAUUUUAGUCUGGCAUACAAGGACAGAAAAGCCUGUGCUGGUGAAUGAGGGAAAGAAAGGAUUCACAGAUCCCAAUGUGGAAAUCUGA